UUGUGUUUCCUUAACUUACAUGGUGUGUAAACACCAGCGCGUACGUUUGCGUGUGUUUAUUUAAAUACCUCCCUUCGGUUGUCCACAUUAGCGCACAGUGUGUACAGAGACUGUUUGUAAACGUAUCCCGGCCAUCGAGUAGUGAUCGCUGUGGGCAAAACACGUUUGCACCUGGUGAUUCCAGAUCUUAGCUUCUAGUUGUGUGUUUUUUUUAGUUUUUUCUUGCACGAGUUUAAAGGCAUCGAGUCCACGGGAGCUUUAACUCCACGACUCGUGUCGCUGCCGAGCGGUGUCCGGAGUCCGUGGCCGCAAAAUGGCACCAAACAGUGUGUGACCGGCUGUGUGCAUUCGUGAUUAUUUUCGUCAAGUGGUUUGGAUGGUGACCUUGUGUCCGCAGUUGUGUGAGGCCAAGGGCGUUUUGGAUUUCUCUAAUGUGGCGAGCAGCUGCAGCACGAUGCGUCCGCACAUGAUUGAUUGACAUGUCAGACAAGCAGCGUGACCGAAGCGCGUGUGACCUUCGAGUUGCUUCAACCUCUUUGUCUCGACUUGUGUUCCAGGUCCCUCUGUGCAUUGAUCGAUCUGGAGCACACGAACUCACUGCUCUUUCUCUGCAGUCCACUGAUAAGUUUACCACCUGCUUGAGCGAGGUGCUUGUGCAUGUGCAUUUAGUUUUUUGUCCCUCUUGAUACUAUCUUGAUUUGUGCAAUAAUGUUGUUCUUGCAGAGCCAGACAAGUGGCCUGGAGUCUGGGUGGGUGGAUCUUGAGACACCUACGUGGUUGUUUUGUUCUGAUACUAUUUCAGGAGCCCACAUUUCCCGUGGGCACCAGCAGCGUGUCUCUCCUCCUUUUGUGUGAUAUGAUUCAGAGGCUGUAUCUGUUCUUGUCCUCCCUCCGGUACAGUCAGAGGGAGUUACAGGCAGACUUGCUUGCCAGAUCACUGGCUGUGCAAAGAGUCGCAGCGGUGUCAGAGAAGGAUAGCUGAGUGCUGUCAUUGCGCUGAUGUCAUUUAGGUCAGUGUGCAUUAGUUGGCUGCAUUGACCUUUGCUUUUCAGAUGUGUCGGGGGUUGGCUCCACAGCACUGCAGCUGGUGUUUAGUAGGUAAAUGAGUAGCCUCGGGUCCAGUUACUGUCCAUGAGUCAGUUUUGUGUUUUUAAGUCCAAGGUGCACGGAUCAGUGUGCGUUUUAGUUUGGUUCUUAGCUUUGUGCGCUUAUUUCACUGAAUCAGAAAGAUUGAAAACAUUUAUCUUGCAGCACUGGAGGCAGCAUGUUGAUUUUGCAUGCCCCUUUGGCUUUUGGAUCAAAACAAAAGUUUAAACAAUUUCCUGCCCAGGAGCCCCGUUAAUCACAGAUUAUCCAUCGCUCCGCGUGCUCUAGAGUAAGAGGCUCUCCUACUAUUGGCAGCAUGACUUGGUGUCACUCUGGCUUGUGUCGUAAAUGCUCUCAGAAAACCUCAGCUCAUCAGACUCAGUGGGUGAUGACUAGCAGAGAUGGAGACAGAUGGGUGAGAGACAUGACGAUGACACUGUCUGCUGUCUGGGAUCAUAAAAAGCCUCAUGGAAGUGAGAAUUCAUAUCAGCCCACACUGGCUGCCAACUGUCCUGCCUCCGCUCUGCCCAAAAACGCCAACUGGCGAGUGUCGCACGAUUUAGUUUUGAAACGGAAACAUGUUUCAUGUUUUUUGUCUAGUUUGUUUCGAUCUGCCGGACAAGUUCCACAUUCAAACGUUUCUCGGUAUUCAGCAGCUCUUCGUUCAAUGUCUAGUUUGCAGUUUAUGAAGUGACGGAAUCACCCCUCUGUAAUAUUUUAACAUAUGCAUAGUGAUAUUUUUACUGCAGAUAUGUCUCAUUACGUUAACCUUUUUCUGGGCUUAUAUCUCAUGAUAUGUUUUAUUUAUUUACUUUUUCCUCAUUUGACAUGGUGCACAUGUCGGAGGCUUGCAGGGCACAAUCCACACUCUUAUCAGCGUCAUCACCUGGUCAUGUAAGCAUUUCUGUCCAAUGGAAACUCAGGAUGACAGCAGGGUGAAUCAUCGCUCUCGGUUCAAGGCACCACUUCCCUGUUACGAGAAGCAAAUGAGGUUUCAUCACACAGGAACUCAGUAUCAGUAAACAAGGCAUACCUCUUGAUCUCCGAAUUCUGGGAGAGCUCCAGUAUGUCGAAGCGGCGCUUGUCGGAGAGGGGGGCUGGAGAGACCUCAGGCAGGGCCAGUAAGCUGCAAUGUCCUGGAAUAUCCGGCAACAACGCCAAGAGAGCCGGGCCCUUCAUCCUCGGGCCUCGCCUGGGCAAUUCACCCGUGCCCAGCAUAGUGCAGUGUCUGGCCAGAAAGGACGGCACCGAUGACUUCUAUCAGCUCAAAAUCCUGACUCUGGAGGAGCGAGUGGACUCUGCAGGCGAGACUCAGGAGGAGAGGCAGGGGAAGAUGCUGCUGCACACAGAGUACUCGCUGCUGUCUCUACUGCACAACCAGGAUGGGGUUGUCCACCACCACGGCCUCUUCCAGGAUCGAGCCUACGAAAUAGUGGAGGACAUGGAGGCCAACAAAGUGCGCAAGAUGAAGAAGCGGAUCUGCCUCGUGCUGGACUGCCUAUGUGCACAUGACUUCAGUGACAAAACAGCAGAUCUAAUAAACCUCCAGCAUUACGUCAUAAAGGAGAAGCGACUGAGCGAGCGCGAGGCCAUCGUCAUCUUUUACGAUGUGGUGCGUGUGGUGGAUGCUCUUCAUAAGAAAAACAUUGUGCACAGAGACCUCAAGCUAGGAAACAUGGUGCUGAACAAACGGACUCACAGAAUCACUAUUACCAACUUCUGCCUGGGAAAACACCUGGUGAGCGAGGACGACCUGCUCAAAGACCAGAGAGGAAGUCCAGCCUACAUUAGCCCUGAUGUAUUAAGUGGUCGACCAUACCGUGGGAAACCCAGUGACAUGUGGGCUCUUGGCGUGGUUCUCUUCACCAUGCUGUAUGGCCAGUUCCCUUUUUAUGACAGCAUACCUCAAGAGCUUUUCCGCAAGAUCAAGGCUGCAGAGUACUCCAUCCCAGAGGACGGGCGUGUGUCGGAGAACACAGUGUGCCUGAUCCGAAAGCUGCUGGUGCUGGACCCUCAGCAGAGGCUGACUGCAGGAGAGGUGCUGGAGUCACUCAGUGGCAUCAUCGCUUCGUGGCAAUCUGUUUCAUCAUUGAGUGGCCCUCUGCAGGUGGUGCCGGAUAUUGAUGACCAGAUGAAUCACCCAGAGCAUCUGCAAGAGGCCAAGGCGAUAGAGGAGUCUUCACAGUAUGAGUUUGAGAACUACAUGCGCCAGCAGCUGCUGUUGGCUGAAGAGAAGAACACUAUCCAUGAGGCCAAGAGCUUUCUCACCAAGCGCCAGUUUGGCAGCAUUCCACCUGUAAGGCGUCUGGGCCACGAUGCACAAGCUGUGAGCCCGCUAGAUGCUGCCAUCCUGGCACAACGUUUCCUCCGGAAAUAGCCUCCAACCACCCAUCCAAGCCGCUCUGGUCUCCCCAGGGAGUAAAGAGACCAGUGGAGUCCACAGAGGGCAGAAGAGGCUAAUCCCUAAAGCUGAACUUGCAUACGUAGGGGCCUUUCCCGAACCAGGGUUCAGACGCCCCAAUUCGUAGGUGGGCUUUUGGCAAGCUAGGCGGAGCAGUCAUAAGGACGGGACUCGAACAAACACCCAAAUCCAGAACUUCACUCCUCAUGUCUGGAUCCUCCAGUGAAACAUGGAAAGGCCUGGAGGAAGAGCUGAACCAAAGGUUCUUAGCCCUCAGGUGACCCACAGUCAGAUCUCACUGUGCAAUAAACCUGAUGGCACAGUCACACACGUGGAAUAACACAAGGCUCGGCCCUGAGUGUUGAAGAGACGUUUUAAUCCCAUAGUCCUCCUCCUCCUCCUCUAAGAUCCCCCGUACUGUAACACUUUACCUGUCAACUCUGGAUCUCCUGAGCAAUACAGGACCAGAAUCAUGUAGCAACCCUCUCUCUUCCCAGUGGUUAAUGGUAUUGCCUCAAGUAAGAUCACCUGAUCACAGCAGUCACCUCUCUUUACCUCCAUUCCACCCUCCUCCUCUCCCUCCCUCCUCUUCCUCUCUCCUGUCGUCCUGUAUCGAACAUGAUCCAGACUCCUCUUGUAUGUAAAUCUGACUUCAAAUCAAUCUACCUCUCUGUCUCUGUUCUCUGUUGGUAAACCAUGCUCACUGUUCUGAGACAAGGGAUUGUAACAAUGGAGUCUUGAUGCCACCAGUGACAUAAAGCAUUAAUGUUUUCUGUCAGAGUGACGAUGCUCUGAUACCUUUUUUCAAAAAUCUGAAUAAGCUUUUUAUCAUAUUAACCAUAACGAGUAGCAUUUUAAUCCCUAACCUUUGCUUUGAAGAUACUGAAUAUCAAAGACACAAAGAUCCUUUGGUAUACACAGGUAUUCUCCUGCUUUCUGCUCACCCCUGUGGAAAUCUAUUUUUAGCAUCUAGGCAGCUAGUGUGAGGUACCUGGAAGUCACAAUGCCAAGAACUGAAUGGGAACAACUGUUGGAACCUCCCUGCCGAGGCAUAGUAAUGGUAACGCUUCCUCAGUGCCAUUAUAGUGAAGACAAGGCACUGUCAUGUUUCUGUUGCCAAAAAAAAAAAAACCCGUCUUAAAAUCCAUCUUAGCCAAGGACCCUGGUACCCACAGCCUCAUUCAGAAUCGAAUGGCUUCCAGGGAUUCGACUUCUCUGUUUCUCUUCACCGAGACAAAAUCUGUUUUUCAGUAUGAAUGUGAACAGUCAUUCUACGCUUCGAUGUAUCUGCGGUAUCCAUGAGUGUGUACGUGUUUGUGUUAAUUUUUUUUUUUUGGGGGGGCCAGGCGUAAGAAGAGUCUGUGGAGCUGUUGACCUCCGACAGCCUCAGAUCCUUUAAGCUCUACUCCAAGCUUUUAGUUUUUCAGUUAUCUGGCCUGCCUCAGCGGUGGACACUGUGAAAACCAGAGCAGGCCUCGCCAGGACGGGACCUGACUCAAAUGUUUUAGUUCUGAUCAUGAAUGAAUCAUGUCACAUAUCUAUAGCCACUCUAACAGCCCUCUCUCUCUCUUGUACAUUGCGUGUAUUAUCUCACUGUAUAGGCUCUCUGAGAGACUCGCCGGUGGCUGGUAAUAGAUACUGUAAUAUUCCAUUGAGAAAGGAGAACGCCAACUCCUUAGCGUUUAAGUUUAUUUUCUGGGUCUUCUCAGCUGUCGGCCCAUUCUUCUCUUUUUAUCAAAGUGUGUCUUCAAACCAUGGCGAAGCUACAAACCAGUGACUGUUAGGCAUCUGUUCACUGCAACUUGCCUUCUGCGUAUUGGUACCUGCUUCAGGCUCUUUAGAUUUCUUCCUAUUUAUAUUCAAACCGUUUGCAUGAAUCUGGAAUAUUUUCAUACGUCUUUUACAUCAACUUGUUUUCUUGUAAUUUCAUGUUGAUUUAUUUAUUCACUAGUGUAGACGACCCCUCACCCACAUAGCCUCUAAACCACUGGGGCCUGUUUUACAGACAUUUGUCACAGUUGCUCAAAGUUCCUUUUUAACAUGAGAAAAUCUUAUGUCAGCGAAACAGGCCCCACAUCUCCUUUAUGAACUCGCAGCUUUAAGAAGUGUUGUUAACGUCAGCUCUGCUCUGACCAUCUCAUUUCGAUCCUACGUUCCACAUUCUCCAACGAGUAGCAUCCUUCUGUUUUCUUGUCUGGGUUCCUUAAAUCGUUUUCUUGCCAUUUUUGUUGCCACCACAUCUGUGGUCGAAAUUAAGCUACACUAAUAACCAGACUGACUUUUGCAUAGUUCUAUUUUUUACACAAUACAGAAAUACAUUAUCUUGAUUUGCGGGAGGGGACUUUUCUUGUGUUGUUUUUUUUUCUCUCUCAUUUCCCCUCUACACAAGGCUGCACUCUCUGGUCAGUAUGUAAAUAAUGUACCAUCAUGACUGCGCCGGUCAUGUUGUAUGUAGUUCCACCCAGCGAGACACCAACUCUUUCAACACAUGCUGAUAGACGUGCGUUAUAGGCCACGUUGGCCAUCGACCACCACAUCCGGAGGCUAAGAUAAUACUUAAAGGAAGCCGUGCGCUCUCUUCCCCCCUCAAUGUGAAUUCUAUGGGUAAACAGCAGUAUUGUAGUAGUGUAGUUCAUCAGGAAGGUGUUUCAUAAACACUGUAGCCGUCGCUGAAUGCUAACAUUAAGUGAUCGUCCGUGGAAAUGUCUUAAACCAUCUUCCAUGACGCCCAACUACAGAACGAAUAGUAACUAUAGGUUUGAUAGAUCUUGAUGUAGAUGUUUUCAAUCUGCCCCUCCACACCCCACCCUCCGUAAUCAAGAAGUGUGUCACUUUAUAGCUCGUGGAUUGUACCACAUUCAAUGUUUGUUUUACGGAGUCACAUUGGUAGAGUGCGAAGUGGACUGAAAAGCAUGGAAAUAGUGUGAGGUUAAACUGUGUGAAACAUGUGACUGUUGCAUGAUUAUGAACUCGCAAGGAGUGCCUGGGCAACAGCGGGAGAAGCUGAGGACGGUUUACUCACUUAGGUCCAGAGAUUUAAAUCCAGUGCAAGAAUUAUUUAUUAAAUCCCCCCCCACCUAGUUAAAUGAUUAGUAAAAAUGUUAUCAGUUUUCAAAAGCUUUUCUGAUUCUUAAGUUAAGUGGUCAGUAUAUAACCAGUAUAUCACUGACCGUUUCAACUGGAAACAUAGCGUAGGAUAUGAGAUGUGGUGUAGUUUGAACCCAGUGGGAUAAUGUGUUGUAAGCUGCUUGGUCGAACAUGGGCAUCUAGAUACAGAAAACUGCGUAAUUGUACAGAUGAAAACACGUUUGUAUAAAAAAAACAUAUUUUUCUACUUCAUCAGAUCUCUACAUGCAUGUCAGCAAUAAACUUUGAUAUGGAAACAUUCAA